AUGGCGACGAAACUCAAGAUGUCAGGGUCUUGGUCCAUCCCCAUAUUCUACCAACUUCACACUCUCUUUCUCUUUACCCGUAGUGAUAUCAAAACCGUUAUAAUCCCACAAAUGCUCUUCGCCCUCUCUAGCGCCCUAACCAGCGGUUUCAAAACGGUUUCCACACCCACUCCACCACCGAUCUCCGUCAUCCCCUCCAUUCUCAAAGCAAUCCUCUGGCUCUGGACGACCCUGCUUGUCGAAAAUAUCGCAAACCAACGCUUACCCUUCUCGAUCCUCGAAGACUCGCGCAACAAACCCUGGCGCCCCCUCCCGUCAUCUCGUCUCACUGCCUCUACCUCACAAAACUGGCUAAUCCACUUAAUUCCAUUAGCUAUAGCUGUCGGCGCCACAGCGAAUGCUUACAGGGAAACAGCCACUUUAUUCGUGCUCGUCUGGAUGUACAACGACGUCGACGGCGCGAACAAAAGCAUCUGGUGGAGAAACGCGUUAACGGCUGGUGGACUGGGAUGUUUCAGUGCAGGUGUGACAGCGAUAACAUCAGGGCCCGUAGAAUACAGUCCCUCAUCGGGUCCGUUUUUGUGGGUAGUCUUGACAGCUCUAGCGGUUUUUACGACCGUACAUGCCCAGGAUUUCCCGGAUAUGGUGGGUGAUGCAGCGAGGGGGAGGGAAACAGUUCCGUUAUUGUAUGGCGAGAAGACUGCGAGGAUUUCCUUGGCCGUGGGGGUUCUUCUGUGGUCUUUCGUGUGUCCGGCAUUCUGGGACUUGCCUGUGCGGUGGUUUGCGCCGACAGUGGGGCUUGGGAUGUUGUUGGUUUGCCUGAGUGCAUUUCGCUGGGAUGAGGAGUCGAACGAGUGGAUUUGGAAGGCGUGGUGUUUGUGGAUUGGUACGAUAUAUCUACUUCCGCUAAUGAAUCUGGUGGCGGUAGUCCAUAGUUGA